UCCAAUAUCUCUACUCUCAACUGGGCGACUCCCUCAGGCCCGCCAUGGAUCUGCUCGAGAUGUUGGACUACCCUGGCCCUCAGUUACUCGGCAGACACAACAUCGACCAGCGCGCGUGGAGGGCCUUCGUCCUUCGUCUCGUCUAUGAGGGCCUCGUUCAGGACAUGCCAGAAGUCACGAGCGCGUCCAGGCUGGUCGAAGCGGCUAAGCAGUUCUACUUCCACAACGACGGGCUCGGAGUCAAGCACUUCGGCUGCACCGCCGACCAAAUGGCCAUGAUGCCACCUUAUCUCAGAAUUCAGUCCACCCGCGCUGCACUGGCCUUUGUCAACAUGAUUCCGUCUUUGCAGAGCCUCGAUCAGCUGCUCAACCUCGCUCCAGGCCCCGCGCUCGAUGACUUCGCCGACUGCGGGCACAAUCACGUGGGGAUGGCUAUGAUAAACAAGAUUUUAUGGGGCUUGCUCUUCAGCGUCUUCGAGGUAAGCGCAAAUUUGAACCGAUUUGAUCUCAUUCUAACAUCUCUAAGGCCUACGACAACGGUUCAUCCACCAUCGAGAUCACCCAUCUUUGCAGGUUUAUCAACAAUAUGGGCAUCAAGGUAGCUUUCAUUCAUCGCUGCGUGGCCAAGUGCGAUUAUCUGCUGCGCGACAUCUCCCCUCGCAUUUCCAUGGGCUUCUGUCAGCUCUGCGCCGAUCUGAUCGCUCUCCGCCGGGGAGAUCUGGCUACUGAAGUUACCCCUGUGUCAGCCGAUCCCCCGACAUUCACCGGACUUCUAAGGGCUUUCCAGGAGGAUCUGGACAACACUGUGCAGUACGCCAAGGAUACGGUGGCCAUCGACAAGUAGGAUCCUUCCUGGUGCCAGCGUAGGAAUACUCGGAAAUCGGAGCUGGGAGAUGGGGGAUAUCAUUGCGUUUGAUAGCUAGAGCUAGGCUUCCAACUGGAACCCGAGCGGGUGGAUAAGGUCAUCGUCAUGGCGUCUCUAUGUCCAAACAUUCUCUCUCGCACAGAAAUUAGUCGACAAAAAUGAAGAAAGCUCUUUACCUGAGCUGCACUCUCUGGGCGUCCUGGCUAUCAACAAACGAGCGAAUUCCCUGAAAAGGCGGGGAUUAAACCAGUCGGGAGGGCGCAGAACAUGCCACCGGCCAACUGUUGUUCGGGCCGUUGCAUACAUCUACGCAAACGGCCGGGAAGGCUUCGGGUCCAGAAACUUCUGUCCCAGGACGUUUGUCU